GGAGCCGCGGUGCUGGGCUCCGGGCGGGCGCCGCCGCCGCCAUGGCGCUGUCGCUGAAGAUGCUGCCCUGCAAGAAGCGGAGGGCGGCGGUGGCGGGGCCGCAGAGCCCGCGGGACGACGGGGACCCGCCCGGGAGCUCCUCCUCGGACGGCGGCGGCUCCUCCGCCAAGCCCGCGUCGGCGGCCCGGGCCGGAGCGCUGCCCUCCGGCGGCCCGGGCGUGUGGAGGGGUCCCGGGGAGGCCUCGCUGAAGGGCGGGAAGCGGCCGGGCCCGAAGGAGGCCUGCACCCAGCUCCCUGAGGGCCUCGGCGCUCCCGAAGCGGCGGCAGCAGAAGGGAGGAUGCCCAAGCUGUGCCCAGAGGUGGAAGGGAGCGCGCAGAGGGACCUGUGCCUGCCUGAAAGCCAGGCCCCGGGGCAGGAGGCUCCAGGGAGAAGCUCUGUGCAGGUCCCCGCUCGGAAUCCUGCUGUGGUGAAGCCGCUGCGGAGCAGCAGAGCUGGAGAGGGGCCCCAGCAGACGGAGGAGCAAGAGGGAGAGGAUAUUGAAAGAAGGAAGAGGAGGAGGAAGGCAACCAAACGGAAAAGAGAAGGGAAAAGUCCAGAGGAGGAGGGGUCCUUGUCCUGUGACAUCAAACUGGACGAUACCCUGGACCGCACCUUAGAAGAUGGAGCCAAGCAGCACAACCUGACAGUUGUCAACGUGAGGAACAUCCUGCAUGAAGUGAUCACAAAUGAGCAUGUGGUUGCCAUGAUGAAAGCAGCCAUCAGUGAGACAGAAGAUAUCCCUUUGUUUGAGCCCAAAAUGACUCGUUCCAAACUGAAGGAAGUUGUGGAGAAAGGAGUGGUGAUUCCAACGUGGAAUAUUUCUCCAAUUAAGAAGGCAAAUGAGGUGAAGCCUCCUCAGUUUGUGGACAUUCCUCUUGAGGAAGAUGAUUCAUCUGAUGAAGAAUACCAGCCUGAGGAUGAGGAUGAGGACGAGACUGCAGAAGAGAGCUUACUGGAAAGUGAUGUAGAGAGCACUGCUUCUUCUCCUCGGGGAGCAAAGCGAUCUAGGACGAGGCGCUCCUCUGAUGAGGAGGGAGGGACUCUCUGCGAGAUGGAAAAGGUCACUACGCCUGUUGUUAGACAUAUCAGUGCUGAAGUAGUUCCCAUGGGACCUCCACCACCUCCAAAACCAAAGCAAAACAAAGACAGCACGUUCAUGGAGAAGCUGCAUGCAGUGGAUGAAGAACUGGCUUCAAGCCCAGUAUGCAUGGAUUCUUACCAGUCUCUGGAAGACAGCCUCAUCGCCUUCCGAACCCGAUCCAAGAGGCCACUGAAGGAUGUUCCCCUUGGCCAGCUGGAGGCUGAGCUCCGAGCCCCGGAUAUCACACCUGAUAUGUAUGAUCCUAACACUGCAGAUGAUGAAGAAUGGAAAAGGUGGCUUGGAGGACUCAUGAAUGAUGAUGUGGAGAAUGAAGAUGAAGCAGAUGAUGAUGAUGACCCUGAGUACAAUUUCCUGGAAGAUCUGGACGAACCAGACACAGAAGACUUCAGAAAUGAUCGUGCUGUGAGGAUUACGAAAAAGGAAGUGAAUGAACUGAUGGAGGAGCUCUUUGAGACAUUUCAGGAUGAGAUGGGUUUCUCCAACAUGGAAGAUGAAGGUCCAGAAGAUGAGGAUAAUGUUACAGAGUCACGGCCGAACUUCAAUACACCUCAGGCACUUAGAUUUGAAGAGCCCCUGGCCAAUUUACUGAACGAGCAACACCGGACGGUGAAGGAGCAGCUUGAGCAGUUGAGAAUGAAGAAGUCCUCCAUUAAGCCACCGCAGGAGAUGGAAAAAUCCAAACCUCAGAAUGAGAAGCCUCUGCAGAGCCUUGUUCUGGACAGUGUGCAAAGAAAGAGGCUCCAGCAGCAAAUGCAGCAGCAUGUUCAGCUUCUGACUCAAAUCCAUCUCCUCGCAAGUUCCAACCCUGCUUUAAGUUCUGAGGCCAGUACCACCAGGAUGUUUUUGAGUGAGCUUGGGAACUUUGCUCGUAGCUCCACGCUCCUCCGCCUGUCCUUCAACCCCAAGUUCCAGACCAUGUUCCAGCCCUGCAACCUGAAGGGAGCACUGCAGCUCAUUGAGGAUUUUCAUGCCCAAGUCCAGGUUGACUGGAGCCCUCGCAAAGCUGUGAAGAAGAGUGCCAGUGAAUUCCCAUGUUUACCAAAGCAAGUGGCGUGGAUUUUGGCAACAAGGAGAGUCUUUAUGUAUCCCGAGUUACUGCCAAUAUGUUCCUUGAAAGCAAACCCUCCACGGGACAAGAUCAUCUUCACCAAGGCAGAGGACAAUUUAUUAGCUUUAGGUUUGAAGCAUUUUGAAGGGACGGAGUUUCCAAAGCCUUUGAUCAGCAAAUACCUCUUGCCAACCAAAACUGCCCACCAGCUCACAGUGAGGAUCAAGAACCUCAAUAUGAACCGAGCCCCUGAUAACAUCAUCAGGUACUACAAGAAGACAAAGCAGUUGCCUGUUCUGUUCAAGUGCUGUGAGGAAGUCCAGCCUGAUGAGUGGAAGCCUCCAGUGGAGAGAGAAGAGCAUCGCCUCCCAUUUUGGCUAAAGGCAAGCUUGCCCUCCAUUCAGAGGGAGCUGAAGCAAUUGGCAGAAGAUGCCAGGGAGGCACCAGGUUCACCUGCUGCAGAAGCUGUCCUGGGGACAGGAAAGGAAGCUUCAGACACAGAACACGAUGAAAAAUACCCUCUCCUCAUGCCAAAGGGCCUCGUACUGACCCUCAAGCCCCUUGCCAAUCGCUUCUCUAGGAGAGCGUGGAGGAGGCAGAGGUCUUCAGCUCUUAAGCCUGUCCUCAUUCGACCGAGCCCUUGCCUGCAGCCCAGUGCUAACCCCAUCAACAUGCAGAGAGCUGUGAAGCUCUCCCAGUCAGAAGCUCCUCCCAGCAAAGUGAUGGUGCAGAUUCCCCGGCUCAUCCAGCCAGCUCCAGUGGUGCAGACGGUGCCGGGGGUGCAGCCCCUGAACGUCCCAGCCGUGGUAGGAAGUGGGGAUGCUUUGGAGUUCCAGAACGUGCUCUCCACUUCCCCCUCGGACUCCAGACAGGCUUUCUCAGCUGCUGUACCACCAGCCCUUGUGUCCUCAAACCCAGUGCCUCUCCAGCCCAAGGUGAUGCUGCCAGCUUUGGCUGGAGCGAAAGCACGCAAGCCUUGCGUUCGUAAGGGGUACCAGAGGAAGAAAGGGCCAAAAUCUGCCCCACUGCUCAAGACUUCCCCUUUGAUUCAGCCAUCUCCUGUCAUCCUCACUGUACCUGCUGCCACAGUGAAAGUGGUGAAUAUAGGCAAUGGCUGCAAUAUGAUUCAGCCCAUCAAUCCCACAGUUGGUAGAGGCGCUCAGGCCAUUCCAGUUACAACCUUACUGGUAAAUCCCUCCACUUUCCCCUGUCCAUUGAAUCAGCCCCUGGUGACUUCUUCACUCCCUUCGCUCAUUGUGUCCCCUAACCCUGUUGGUCUUUCUGCAUCAUCUGUUGGUGACAGUGAGGAGCAGCUGAAUCUGGUUCCUGCCUGCUCUGCUGGGAGCAACAAAAGUACAGCAGAGGCCAAGGCUGAACCCUCAGAGCUGUACACUUCGUGCUCUGCUGUCUCCCCCAAGGACUGCAGUACAAAUCCUGCCCCUGCAAGCAAUGGCAGUCAGGAGAAGGUGAACAACAGCGAGUGCUGUAGCUGGACAGUGGUGGAAGGAGAGGAGAACACCUCCGAGGCGUUGGCUGUGGACCUUUUGCCUCAUUUAGAAGAUCCAGAUGAAACAGUGAAAAUUGAAUCCGAAGAAUCAAAUGAUGCUACCAAGGAGGCAAACCCGGUGCAGAAGAGGGAUCUUGUGUGUGCUGACGUGAAGGAGGAAUUCAUGCUGGAUCUUGGCCAGGAGCUGAACAUGGAGGCUGCGUGCUCAUGCUCAGAUGACCUGAAAGAAAUGAAAGGGGAGCAUCCAUUGUGUGAUAAGAAGGGAGAAGAACAACGCUGGCCUUUGCAGUCGUCUCCCCACGGUGACCAGCAGAUGGAUGUAGGUGGUGUUGCUGGAGCACAAGGAAGCAGUGAGUCUCCAAAGAACCCUUCUUACACAGCAGAUGUGGAGGCAGAGUUCAGCAGUCCGCUGGGAAGACCAGAGGAUUCAUCCAGCAUAGAUGGGCAGUCUGUGGGGACACCGGCUGGCCCUGAAGCUGCUGGGGAGAGAGAAGGGCAAGAAGAGGAGGAGGAAGAUGACUUUGAUGACUUCACACAGGAUGAGGAUGAAGAAAUGUCAUCAGCAUCAGAAGAAUCCGUUCUUUCAGUGCCAGAACUUCAGGAGACAAUGGAGAAGCUGACUUGGCUGGCAACCAAGAGGCGUUUAAGCCAAGAAGGAGAUUCUGAAGAAGAGAAUUCCCAGGAAGAGAACUCGGAGCCUGAGGAAGAGGAGGAGGAGGAAGGGGAAGGAAUAGAGAGUUCCCAGAAAGAUGAUGAAAUAGGUGGAGAUGCAUCAGAGGAACCCAAAUCUGCCUUCCCGUUGACAAAGGCAGCCCCGCAGGUGGAAGCCCACAGAAUCCCAGCAGGAGAAAACAUGAAGGCCCCUGGGAAAAGCAGGGGCUCCCACAGAACCAGGAAUAAGAGGGGACGGGCUCGUGCCAGCAAAGAUACCUCCAAGCUGCUGCUCUUGUACGAUGAAGACAUCCUGGAGAGAGAUCCCCUGCGGGAGCAGAAGGACCUGGCGUUUGCACAAGCCUAUCUAAGCAGGGUGCGGGAGGCCUUGCAGCACAUCCCUGGGAAGUACGAGGACUUCCUCCGGGUCAUCUACGAGUUUGAGAUGAGCACGGACAAGCGGACGGCCGUGGAUCUCUAUUCCACCCUGCGGAAGCUGCUGCAUGAUUGGCCCCAGUUGCUCACAGAUUUUGCUGCCUUUCUUUUACCAGAGCAAGCUUUGGAGUGUGGACUGUUUGAGGAGCAGCAGGCGUUCGAGAAGAGCCGCAAGUUCCUCAGGCAGCUGGAGAUCUGCUUUGCUGAGAACCCUGCCCACCACCAGAAGAUCAUCAAGGUCCUGCAGAGCUGCACUGACUGCCUGCCCCAGGAGAUCACCGAGCUGAAGACCCAAAUGUGGCAGCUGCUGAAAGGCCACGACCACCUGCAGGAUGAGUUCUCUGUUUUCUUCGAUCACUUGCGGCCCUCUGCCAGCCGCAUGGGGGACUUUGAGGAGAUCAACUGGACGGAGGAGAAGGAAUACGAGUUUGAUGGGUUUGAAGAAGUGUCCCUGCCAGAUGUGGAGGAGGAGGAGGAGCCACCCAAGAUGCACACAGCCUCCAGGGCAAAGAAGCGGAAGGAGAUGGGCGGCCAGCACAAUGACAAGGAGGUCGAGUGGGUAGAUGGGAUGAAGGAAUGUUCAUGCUCCUGCCAUGAAGGGAGUAGCGAUCUCAAGCUAAAGAAAAGCAAAAGGAGGACCUGCAGCCAUUGUAGUAGUAAGGUGUGUGAGAACAAGUUCUACAAAACCAAGGACUCUCAAGAGCUCAGUGCAAGCCUGGGGCAGCAGGAAUCCAGUCCUCAGCCUGAAGGGAAGGAUUCCGGAGCAUCGAAGGAGGCUGCAGAGGAAAGCCUGGAGAGCAGAGAGGAGGGAGAGGAUGCCCAGAGCAAAGCAAAAACUGCCUCUAGGAAGGCAGAGUCUCCGCUGUCAGGGUCUCACCCCCAAGGCAGGAUUGUCUCCAGCAGCCAUGAACCCGCCGAGGAGGCUGCGCUGCCUGAGGGCCGGGUUGGAGACGCGGGUGCCAGAGCUGCUGUGCAGGACAAGGACUCCGAUGGCAACGGCCCCACAGGGACCCAGCCCCACAGAGCUCCCCUUCAGCUACCUCAGGAAACCAAAGACUGCCCUUGCACUGUGGGGAGGGAGGCACCGAGCCUGCAGCACGGAGCUGCAGUGCUGCCCCUGCCCCCUGGUGCUGCUGCAGAGGAGGGUUCAAUGGGACCGGGUCAGGCUGAGCGGCUGCACCCGGCCUCAGCCCCAGCCCCUGCCUUUGGGCCCGCAGCAGAAUCGGGGCUGAAGGACCCCGAGGGCUCCCCGGUGCCUCCGGAAGCAAAGCAGGGCUGGAGGAAAGCAGCGCUGGGGAGGAGCCGCGGGUCCCGGUCCCCGGAGCAGGGGGAGCGGGGCUGCACCGAGAGCAGAGCACAGGCAAAGGCAAAGGCAGGGGAGCGCUUCCAGGGCCAGCAGCGGCAGCAGCCGGAGCAGGAGGAGGGCAGAGGGGUUCCUGCCUCCCUGGGGCAGCAGCAGCAGCACCGAGGCACCGAAGCCACCGUGUGUGCCAAGAACAGCAAAGUCAGCUCGACCGGGGAGAGGGUUGUCCUCUGGACCAGGGAGGCCGACAGAGUGAUCCUCACCACGUGCCAGGAGAAGGGAGCCCAGCUCGAAACCUUCCAUGCCAUCUCCCAGACCCUGGGCAACAAGACAGCCGGCGAGGUAUCCCACAGGUUCAGAGAACUGAUGAGGCUGUUCCACACGUCCUGCGAUGGGAGCUCUGAAGAUGAGGAGGAUGCUACCAGCACCAGUAACACGGACCAGCUCUCGGACAAGGAUCUGCUGCUUUCGGAGGAGGAACCUGAUGACUGAGGGCUGGUUUGGGCUUGGAAAGCUCCCGCCUGCACCAGAAGGGAGCUGUUUGCCAGUUUGCUGCUAGGCUUGUGCUGUGGGGCAAGGAAAAAGGCUUGCACAGGUACUGAAGAUGGCACCUUUCGGGGUGGUUUGGGGUUCCUUUUCCUGCUGUACUCCUGUCAAGCUGCACUAAAGGCCUGGAGAAAGGUGUUGGGGGCGAGAGCCUCUAGAACCUCCAUGGGGACCUCCAGCAGCGGAACGGAUGCUUGUGCACCCCACAGCCUUUGACCCGUGU